AUGCUGGCCUCCCGUACAACGUUCGCCAGAUCCCUAAGAUAUCAAUGUCACAAUCUAACUUUAUUGAGAUUAUAUUCGGACGGCUCCAUCGGCAGUUCCAGAGGUAGUAUACAGGACUCAUUUCUCAAAAGGGAAAGAGCGAAGGAGGAGUACUUUAUCAGACAGCAUGAAAAGGAACAAUUCAGUCACAUUAAGGAGCAAUUAAAGACUCAUCAAAAGAAACUGGACACACUUCAAGAGAAAAUCGACAAGUUGACCAACAAUUCAUAA